GCAACAACUGAGGCACUUGAGUCGACCAACAAACCGAGAGAAAAAGGACGCCCAUGAUAGUAGUCAGAGAAGCUGAGAAGCUGGCUGGCGAGGCUGGCCAAGUUGAAAAGUGUUAAUAAGCCAGCGAGUGUCUUCGAGUGCGGCCGGCCGUAAAGUGCGUGUGGAAUUAGUGUGGAGGUGCCAAAAGUUGGCCGCGUCUUCUAACUUGGACAAUUGGACGACAGGUUCCCGGGACUUUAUUCGUGUGUGUGUGUGUGUGUGUGUGAGUUUUGUAACUUCGUUUGCGUGUGUGUGUGUGAGUGUGUGCAAGCGAGUGUGUGCCAAAGUGUGACCAACAAAUUAUUUACGAAAUACUUACGAGCGCUUCAAGGGAAAAGGAUUUCAUAUACUGCCAGUCCAAAGUUUGCUUAAAGGAUUAAAGCAUCUCCACAUUGGUCGAGUCAAAGGACCUCGAGGAUAUGCAAACCAAACUAAAAGCCAAUGAGAAGCUGCUGGAACUACAGCUCUUUGGAAUGUUCCUAGUCUUGGCUCUAAUUAACAAGCAUUUCGCUUCGAGUUUGUGACUAGAGAAAAUUAAAUUUUAAAAGCGAAAAAAAAAUAUACACAUUUAAACUUAAUUAUCUUUACAUCUUUGGAAUCGAAACUAGUUCAGGCUAAAAGUAAGAUGUGCUAAAAGAUUAACUGAAAGCGUUUUGGGUAUGCGGCUGCUGUUGUCUCUACUGUUGCAUGCAACAUGGAUGGUGAAAAUCGGAUUAUUUUAAAUGUUGGCGGCAUAAGAUAUGAAACUUACAAGGCAACGCUCAAGAAAAUUCCGGCUACUCGUCUCUCACGUCUGACCGAGGCCCUGGCCAACUAUGAUCCAGUGCUCAAUGAAUAUUUCUUUGAUCGUCAUCCCGGCGUUUUUACCCAAAUACUUAAUUACUACAGAACCGGUAAGCUGCAUUAUCCAACGGACGUCUGUGGUCCACUGUUCGAGGAGGAACUGGAAUUCUGGGGUCUCGAUUCCAAUCAGGUAGAACCAUGCUGCUGGUCAACUUACAGUAUACAUCGUGAUACGCAAAACACUUUAGCCAUAUUAGAUAAACUAGAUAUUGAAAAUGAGAAGCCCACGGAGGAGCAAAUAGCGCGACUGUUUGGCUUCGAGGAGGCAUUAAGCAAUGGCGAGCUUAAUUGCUGGCAACGCUUAAAGCCCAAGAUUUGGGCCAUGUUCGAUGAGCCGUCGAGUUCAACGGGUGCCAAGUUUGUUGCUGGCAUGUCGGUAUUCUUUAUAUUUGUUUCUGUGAUAUCGUUCUGCCUGAAAACCCAUCCCGGUUUUCGUGUGGAUCUUCCCACCAGCUACGGCGGCAGCUCAGACGCCGGAUCAACCACGUCUGCUCAUGAUCCGUUGACGCCGCCAAUCAGUCAGCCACCAGCCCAUCAUCAGCCACCACAAUCGCAGUAUCAUCAGCACAGCAUAACACCGCCAAGCGGAAGCAUUGGACCCACGUUUCGUGUCACGAACUACACGAGCUACAGUAGCGGCAAUUUGAGUGCCGCCCAGGCCACCUCAAUAGCCACAAUCAAGGGCAAUCAGCAGCGCCAACGGCUGAAACGAAGUCUCAAUGCGAGCAGCCUCAAUGACUUCAUUGAGCAGAAGCUUUUGGGCCACAACGGGCGCAGGCAACACGGCUGGGUCGAAACCUAUGGCCAACCGCAUAAGGCGUUCUUCUAUGUGGAGCUGGUUUGCAAUGUGUGGUUCUUCAUCGAGGUCAUCAUUAGACUAAUUGUCUCACCCAAUCUUUGGCAAUUCAUCAAGUCGCCCGUUAACAUCAUUGAUUUUACGGCCACGCUCAGUUUCUAUACGGAUGUCAUGCAGCGCAUGGGCGAGUACACGGGACUCUUGGAAGCGUUCUCAAUAGUGCGCAUCAUGCGUCUCUUUAAGCUAACCAGACACUCGCCAGGAUUGCGCAUUCUCAUCCACACGUUCAAGGCAUCGGCCAAAGAAUUGACGCUGCUUGUGUUCUUCCUUGUGCUCGGCAUCGUUUUCUUUGCUAGCCUGGCCUACUAUGCCGAAAAGUUGCAGGACAAUCCAGACAACCAAUUCAAGAGCAUACCAUUGGGAUUAUGGUGGGCUAUUGUUACCAUGACCACAGUGGGCUAUGGCGAUGUGGCGCCCAAGACCUAUCCGGGCAUGUUUGUGGGCGCACUCUGCGCUCUGGCUGGUGUACUCACCAUCGCACUACCCGUACCUGUUAUCGUUAGCAAUUUCUCGAUGUUCUAUUCGCACACACAAGUCGCUUCCAAGCUGCCAAAGAAACGACGCCGCGUCUUGCCUGUGGAGCAACCGCGUCGCAAGCGGGAGCCGCCGGCGCCGCACCGCGGCAGAGCAAAUGCUAUCAAACAAACACCGCCGACGGUGGGGGGCGUGGUUGGUGCCCAUACGUCUGUACAGGCGCCCACGCCGAUGUUCAAGGAUGCGUUUGGUGGUGCUAAAAUUGGCAAUGUGAACGGCGUGAAUGUCAUUGGCCUGCAUCUGCACAGGCCGCCGAUAACGACCUGCGCGGCCAACUGCCACACCCACACGCACGCUUAUACCUACGCCCACAGUCAGAGCCACGGCCAAGCGACGAGUCAUGGCCACAAUUUGGCACAUACGACGACGACGGCGACGCUACCCGCCGGCUCCUUAGCCAACGCCAACGCCAACGCAAUCGCCUCGGCCGAUGGCUCCACGGCCACGACGCCGCCGCCGCCGCCGCCACUGUCGCUGUCGCUGCCGCCGCCGAUGCUGGUGUCCGCCGGCGCUUCGGGGCCCACAUUCAUCAGUUCGGACUACUUGAGUGUGCCAGCGGUGCAGAGCCUGCAGCCGAGGGCGGCAACCACUGGACACGAUUUUAUGCUGCCUCUUCAGCCGAAACUUGUGGCGCCUCUGGAACGCAAGGAUCAGCAUCCGCUGCAGCUAACCGCACAGAACUUGGCCUCGGACACGAAUCAACUGUACGCGAGCCACGCCCACAAGUCCGGCACUGUACUAAGCGUACCGCCCACACUCAGCAUGACUCACACCCAGAUGCCACCGGGCAUGGCCAGCAUGGGGCAACGGACACCGAAUCUCAGCUAUCGGGCAACGCAUAUCCAUGGGCAUGCGCCCAUCCAACAGCCGAUACCGCAACAGUUUCAGCAGGCCACCGCCGUGGAUUGCAACAUCAAAAUCUCAGUGGCUGGCGCAGGAGGUGCAUCAUCGUCUUGCGGUGAUGCUGAGCUAAUGAUGGCUCCGAAGGUGACGCUGCUGGACGAUCUGAGCGAUGAGGUCAACUCGUCGACGGAUGAUUGUGGCGAGUGCUGCCUGGUCGAUGACAGCGAUACCUACGAGACGAGUAACAACAAUGGGCCGCAUAUCAAUCAGGAUAUCGAACAGGAGAGCGCUGGCGCCGAGGAAGACAGUGGCGACAGUUCCGGUGGCAUUUACAUAGGACCCACCCAUUGAUUUUCGGCCAUCAAAUGGGACUUUCCGUGCUAACAAUGAUAUGUAAAUAUGUGUAUGCAUUUGUAUGUGUAUAGCUAGCCAUUACUACGAGUAGUUGGACAGCAUCCAACAAAAAUCAACGGACCACUCCCAUUUCUCUAUCUUUCUUAUGACUCUUAUGACACAAAAAAUACAAGAAAAGAAUAGGAAAACAUGUUGUGAGCAAGUAAUGUUGCUGUUUUGUUAUAAAUCUUUUAUUCUGUCGAGACUAACAAGAACACACUUCCCAUACACUUUUGUAAGUCACUGUUUACCCUGGUCAUACAAAUGAUAGAUAAUCAUCCUCCAUUUCGACGAGUUCUUCAUAUAGUUUUUGGCUCAGCUUUCCUCAUUGGACUGUAAUGUGAAAACUUCCAUUAAUCAUGGCAUUUUCCUCAACAAAGGCUAUUUUAUUGUCUUUUUGUUUUUGUUUCCAAUGGUGACUUGCCUAUAUUCUAUAGAUAUGGUAACCUGAUCCCUGACCCCACAGCAAUCUUUUAAAGAAAUCUUUUAAGCAUGUGCUGUAAUUUUAUAAAUUUAAUAGACUUCUUAAAAUUGUUUGCAUAUAAAAAUGAAAACCCUGCAAGGUUUCACAAACCUUCAAAUAAUAUUUUUGUAUAUGAUAACCUGAUUCCCCGCAGCUAUUCAAUGGGGAAAUGUGCUCAUUUAAAAGACUUCUAUUCUAUAUACAAUAAAGUUCUUUAUUUAUUUUUCAAACAAUAUUUGGUAACCUGAUUUCCUACAACUAUCCAAUUGACAAAAACCAUAAAUAUGCUUCCUACAAAAUAUACAAGUUUCUGUGUAGAGAUAUUUCUCUAUGCAAAAAUGUCUGUUCUGUAUAGAUGUUAUAGUAACUGUAUACCAAAGCAAUUCCUUAAAGAAACACUCUUAGUAUGCGUUAAGUUUUGGCAAGUUUAUUGAACUUUUUGACUUUAGACUCAUAAAUUAAAUAACUUAAACAAGCUCUCUUCGUUCUCAGGCACCUUAAGAACUACGAGGGUGAGUGUAUAUAAUGUAUUCGUAUCGUACACUUGUUUGCUCUUAUUAUAUCAUCUACUGACGUAGCCAGUUUAAUAAAUGUACGUUUUUGGGGUAACGCCCCUAACUCGAGACAAGCUAAACAUGUCUUGGCCGUGCUCCAUGCUCCCCAUAUUUGCACAUUUGUGUUGUCCUUAUAACUGUCAUGUUGACAACUGUCAUUGACAGAGAUAUAUGUAUGUACCCGUGCAUAGCCGAGAUGCGAGCAUCUCUCUCUCUCUCUCUCUCUCUGUUUGUCAGUUUGUUUGUAUCUCACACAUCCGGCAGGGUCUGGCUAUCUUCACUGCCAAGACAAACGGUCAGCUCCGCAGUCGGACAAAGCAAACAUAUCAUCCAUAUAAACGUGUCCUCCACUUGCUGCGCUACGAUAGUUUCCAUUUUCAGACACGCCAAGGUGUUUAUUGUAUAAAUCUUUGAAACUAACAUGGAACUAUAAAUUUUAACACUUGAAUAACCUGCAUCAAUUGACAUCCCUUACACCACCUCCUCGUCUCUCUCUACUCUGGACAUCUCACUCCCCAGUACGAGGAAGUUCAAAUAAAAAGUGUGACUCGGAAUCUUUAUCUGACGCAUUGAAUGCCACCAUUUCAAUGGACUUACAAGUAACAAGUAAGAAGUAAGUCUGAACAAGAGUGCUCAACUAGUGAAUACCCUUGUGAAUUCGAUUCCUACUUGCCAAUGUUUCAGCAUCAGCUAAAACAUACACGACCCUGCUUUCGGUGCAGUCAAAUGUCAACAGGGUGUAAGAACUAGAAAGUCGACACAAUGGCGCCGGAUUCCAUGGCAUCUCUUCCUUUCACCCAGCUCAUGGUGCGUAUUCUUUUCGUUCUUAGCUGUGUCAAAGGCGACAUGGCUGCAAAACUUACAUACACACACAUACAUGCACAUAUACAUACAUACAUAUAUACACACGAAUACUAAUAUAAAUCGUAGCCCGAUUCUCUCAAUUUUGUGGUUUUUGUAAUCUUCUUAACUUAUGUGUCAGAAACUUCGUGUAAAUAUCCGUUUAUUAGUAAAAUACAAAACCAAAAAACAAAAGAAAUGCGAAUGAAAUGAAUAUGCAGAAAGAAUAUAGAAUGAAUAAAAUAGAGCAUGUCCAUAUUAACUUAUCUGAGGUUCAAACGUAAUUUUUGGUCCAAUACUUAUAGUUUUUGAUGUGUGUGUGUCUGUGUAUGAUUAAUAAAUAUUUGCAACACGAAUAAUAAAAAUAAUAACUACCAAAACCAAAAGAAAACAAAAAAUGAUUAAAAGAAUAGGAUUGUAAAAAUUUCAGAAAUAUAAAAACUACAUGUAAACAUUAAAUUGUAUGGUAUACAUUACAUAGUACAUUAAGUAGUUAAGAAUAAAUUGGUGGAUAUGCUCUAAAACUUGUUAUUA